UCCCACCAACUUCGUUCCCCUAUCUCCUUGGGAAAAAAAAAUGACAACAACAAGGGAAUAUCAAUUCAUUACCUUCUGUUAUUAGCACAAUAUUCUUUAUUUUCAUCAACUAAAUUAUGUUGUUGCUCUUAUAUAUCCGUCCAUGACAGGCAGCUAAUAUAACUUGAUUAAUCUAAUAUCAUACAAGGUUCUUAAGUAACACCAACCUAUAACUAUCCAUUCUCAAAUACCAAAAUGAAACCUCUCUCUCUCUACCAAUAAACUAGAGAUAAGGUGCUAGGCAAUUUCCUUGAUCCCAUCUUAGUUUCAAAUGGCUAAUUUUUCUUUUUAUUUUUAUUUUCACCAAAUAGAGUGCUUUGAUAGAAUUAGAAUCUAAAAUGGUUUCCACUUAUCAAUGUGGAAGCAAAUAAAAAGAAACAAAAAAAAUGGGUUAUUCCAAUUUGGCAAUUCACUCUGGGGUAGCUAAAUUUACCAAAUAUGGUAUUGUGCCUAUGCUAUUUAUGGAAAAACAAUUGGGCACCUAUCAAUUUUUACCAUAAAAAAGAAGAAAAUAAAAUCUUUUGUCAAUGAAAUUGAUUUCCAUUGGUAGCAGAAAAGGAAAGAUUGUUCAGCCUAGUGAAGCCCAAAGGUAUUUGGACAUUUAAUUAGUGACAACCACAACCAAAUUAAGAGGAAAAAACCUCUAAAUGUAGGAAAAAAAAAUUUACCAUAAUCACUUUCUAGCUGUUGCCUCCUUAUUUUAAGCCCUCACUCUUAUCGACUGCACUGUUUAGUCCUUUAAAAGGCUAGCUCUCAAGUUCUCUACCCAAAAAAAAAAUAUAAAAAAUCCAUAAACCAAACUAACCAUUGUGUAGAAAUUCAUGAUUCCAAUGAACUUUGUGCAAACUUUGUUCUCUCUUCAAUCUUCAUCAAUGUUCUUUAUUCUUUCAUUCUUGGUUUUCUUGAUUUUUUUGUUGGGCCUCCCUAGGAAAAUCCCAUACCCUCCAGGCCCAAAAGGUUACCCGAUUAUCGGCAACAUGAAGAUGAUGAACCAAUUGACUCACCGUGGGCUAGCUCGGUUAACCGAGCAGUACGGUAUGGCGGGUCUCCUCCACUUAAGGAUGGGCAAGCUUCACAUAGUGGCCGUAUCGAAGCCGGAAAUUGCCCGAGAGGUCCUCCUGACCCAGGACAGCAUAUACUCAAACCGGCCUGCAAACGAUGCCAUAAUCUACCUGAGCUAUGAUAGAGCUGAUAUGGCCUUUGCCAACUAUGGUCCAUUUUGGCGUCAAAUGCGUAAGAUCUGUGUCAUGAAGGUGUUCAGUCGAAAACGGGCCGAGUCAUGGGCCUCCGUACGUGAAGAAGUGGGCUCGACUGUUGAAACCGUGAUGAAAAAACUCGGUUCCCCUGUUAACAUCGGCGAGUUGGUAUUUGCUUUGACGAGGAACAUUACUUACAGGGCUGCUUUUGGGUCGUUUUCGCGUGACGGGCAAGAUGAGUUUGUCAAAAUCUUGCAAGAAUUCUCCAAGCUUUUUGGAGCUUUUAAUAUUGCUGAUUUUUUCCCAUGGUUGGGUUGGAUUCAUGGGAAAGAAUUCCACAAGAGGUUAGUGAAGGCUCGAGCAUCGCUGGAUGGGUUCAUUGAUCAUAUCAUUGAUGAACAUUUGGUGAAGAGCAAGAAGAAUAUUGGUAAAUAUGGCAAAGAUCAAGACGUAGAGGAAGACAUGGUAGAUGAAUUAAUGGCGUUUUACAGCGAAGAUGUUUCCAAAGGAGAUUAUGAUGAGCUCUCCCAGUCUGCCAUUAAGCUCACCAAAGAUAACAUCAAAGCUAUCAUCAUGGAUGUAAUGUUUGGUGGAACUGAAACCGUGGCAUCUGCAAUAGAAUGGGCAAUGGCGGAGCUGAUGAAAAGUCCGGAAGACCUUAAGAAAGUUCAGCAAGAACUCGCCGACGUGGUUGGGUUGAACCGGGUCCUCCAUGAAUCCGACCUUGAAAAAUUAACCUACUUCAAAUGCGCUAUCAAAGAAACUCUACGCCUCCAUCCACCUAUCCCUCUCCUCCUCCACGAGACUGCCGCGGAAUCCGUCCUUGCCGGAUACCGAGUGCCGGCAAAAUCACGUAUAAUGAUCAAUGCAUGGGCUAUCGGGCGUGACCCAUCAUCAUGGAAAGAACCGGAUGUGUUUAAACCUGGUAGGUUUUUGGAAAAUGGUGCACCUGAUUUUAAGGGUAGUAACUUUGAGUUCAUUCCAUUUGGGUCGGGUCGGAGGUCCUGCCCAGGAAUGCAACUCGGGUUAUAUGGGUUGGAGUUAAGUGUGGCUCAUUUGCUUCAUUGCUUUAACUGGGAAUUACCUGAUGGAAUGACGCCUAGUGAGCUUGACAUGAGCGAUAUAUUUGGACUCACUGCUCCAAGAGCUACUCGACUUGUCGCUGUGCCGAGUUACAGGUUGAGUUGUCCUUUUUCUGGAGUGGGAAAUUGAUGGGUUUGAGAAGGCAGAUAUAGAACCACAGCUAAAGCACAAAUUGCUGGGUUUUAUUUUUAUUUAUGUAGAAGUAAAGCUAUAUCAUAUAUCAUGGACUUAA